AUGAAUAUGAAAAACUUCAUCGCGGGUAACCUCAGCCGAUGUAAACUGUUCACGCGAACAUGGAGGGGCGGAGUCCACAGGAGAGGAAAUCUGUCCACUCGCGGGGAGGAAAAAUAUGGGGAUCGAGUAGUGUCCUCCACCCCAAACCGAAAGCAGAACCAGGGAGAAAAAUUCAUUGCAGAUGAGAAGAUCGAACAUAAGGAUGGGGAAAGAACAGCUCCUUAUAAAAUGCGCAAUGACACUCCCGAUGGCAUCUCCACAUCCGACUCCAUACAUGUGAGAAAGCAGAGAGAUUUCCUGAAAAAAAUUGACGAGGAUGACUGCACCCACGAGGACCAUAGCACCGUCAGAAUAUUCAAGCCGAGAGAUGCAGAAGCUGAAUCGAACUUCCUCCCGUGUAAUGAUAAAUACAACCAACUUGUUAAAAAGUACAACGAGCAAAAAGGAAUGGCAAAGGGGGGAUCCAAGACGAAGAAAAGUUUACGAUUUGGACAAACAGCCCUACCUUUGGAGGACGAAGAAAAGAGUCUAUGGGAAAUUUUAAAAGAGAAGGAGGAUUACUUAAGGAACAAAAAAAAAAUGAAAAAUUAUCAGAAGGAUCUGGAUCAAAAAAUGAACAGAGAAUAUCACAAAGUUAAAAAAGAAGAACAGUAUAUGAACUCUUCCGGGGGUACAGAAAAUAGAGGAAAGCAUAAUAGGAGUGGACGUAAAGUUCCUCCUACCAACCCAAUUUCUCCUUCCCAUGACGACAUCGACCGAUUUCUGUCAGGCGAUCAGGAUUACACAAAUGAAAUAAAGUCGUAUGAUGAAAUUUACAGGGAAUCUUCUUUGAACAGGAGGGAAGAGAAACGGAUGGAUACACAUGAAAAAAUGGAAAAAGGGGAGAAUAACCUUGGUGCCCAAGAAGACGACGCAGUCCAGGAGGAUACGAACGAGCUGAAUAUAAACAAAAUGAUACAUGAGGAUCUGACCGAGAACACUCUUCCUUGUGACCUGAACGAGCGCUACGCUGAACUGAGGAAGAAGAAAGUAGUGAGCGAAUUUUUGGUGGACGAUUUGGACUCCAAAGCGGAGACCUACUGCGCAGCUUCCGGGAAAAAUUCCCUUUUCGUGAACGAGGUGGAAGAUAUCAGUGCGAGGAGGUGUAUUGGGGAGAUAACAAAAGGGGAUAUCAUCUAUCAAGGGGGAAAGGAUCAACGCGAUAACCAAGUAGAAAAGAAAUCGUACUCCAAUGAGUGUACCGUCGAGGUGACCCCUGCAGAUGCUCUGGAGAAGCUCACCGGACAGAGCCUAAGUACUAUCAUCGACGGAAAUAUAGAUAAUCUGAUCAUCCAGAGGGAAAUCAAAAAGGAGAAAACAGCCAUGGGGAUAAUAACUGUACUUUACAAUAACCUGCAAACCUGCGACAACAUAAACCUCAGUAGUGCACUUAUUAAAAUGUCGAAGAUGAUGGAUUCCUACCAAAAGGGGAGUGUCACAAAAAAUUACAUGUACCUUAAUGUGUUGAAGAAAAUAGAUGAAAAAUUAGGCACCUUUGAAAUGUCGAAUUUGGUGCAGAUAUUCUAUGCCUUUGUAAAGAUAGAGCACUUCCCCUAUUUUUUUAACGACAUAAUAAAUAACAUGACCGUGAAGUUGAAGGAUGCUGAACCUAAACAUGUGUGCAGUAUUCUAUACACUUUAAGUAAUAUCCUCCUGGAGACAAACGAAAGUCGCAUGUUCAAAAUGAAAGUUAUCGACCUGGUGAAAUCCGACAUGUUAACUACAUCCACAAAUCUGCACCUGAAUGAUGUAAUAUCUCUACUGACCUCUUUGUCAAAAUUAAAGUUCAAAGAUGUGAAUACAUAUUAUGAAUUGUCCAAAAGGAUUGAAGAAAAUGUAGACCAGCUGAACAUGAAAAAUGUGAGUAACAUUUUAUGGGCCUUUAGUCAUAUUAAUUAUACCUGCAAGUUGGUGAAAAAAUUAAAAAAAAUUGUGGAGAAAGAUAUAAACAAAGCUGAUCAUUUGGAUUUAGUAAAUAUAGUUUAUUCUCUAACGAAAUUGAAUGAAUAUGAUGAACACCUCUAUAUGGACAUUUUUUACAAUGCAAUUAAUGUGUACUUACACCAUAUGAGUGUGAAAAAUCUCUGCAUCGUAUUAUGGUCAUAUACCUAUGUAAACGCACACAAACCAGAUCUCUACAUAAAUAUACUUACCAAGCUUAAUGAAAAUGUGAAGCAAAUCAGCACAAAAGAUAUUGUCUCCAUUUUAACCUGUCUGAGUAGAAUACAGUUCAGUUAUAAAUACAAACAUCUCUUUUCCUUUUUAAAAAAUAAAGUUGUAAAAAAUUUGUAUGCCUUCUCUCCUUUACAGAUCACCAAUGUUAUGUACCAUUCGUCUUUCCUAGAAAUACACGACCAUAAAUUUUACUACCUCCUCGUUCAGCAAGUUUUUCAAAUUAGGCAUCUGCUUUAUUUAGAAAAUUUGGUUCUCAUACUUUAUGCUCUCAAAAAUGUUUGCUACUUGAAUGUGCACCAUAUGGAUAUCUUCCGUCUAAUUGCACAUAUCCUUCAAAAUGUCAAGCGGAAAUAUAAAUUACUCUGUGGAGAGGAUUGCGUAAAUAUCAUGCUUAUUAUUAACGAUCUGGCUAAAUAUAGCCAACAGGGGUACCUUGUUUGUGCUUCUCCCCAAGCGGGUAAUGCAGCGACAGAGAUAGCUUCACCAAUGUUGGGCCCUUCCUCUUUGAUUACCCCCCAAACAGUAACUCCCUCAUCAAAGGGGUACAUAGACAUAUUUGAUGAUAAUGUAAAUUUGACCGAUUUGCCUCCCUCCCUUAUGAGCAACAACGAGGAAGAAGUGUAUCUUCCACAUAUUAGCGACCUCCUAUACGAACAAAUAAAACUGCGCCUGCACAAGUUCUGGCAACUUAGCAUUAAAGAUGUUAAUAACUUGCUAAUCAUCAUGAGGGAUAAACGUAUGCACGACGAUGUCAUUUUAAAUAUGAUAAUGCGACAAAUUAUUCCUAUCCUUUCGAAAAGCACCAACAUGGAGUUCCUAAUUUUUUUAAGCAACAUUACGGCCAGUAGGUACAUGAAGUUUGUAGCUCUCACACACAUGUCCAGGAGGCCUAAACUCAUUGGCCUCUUUAAAAAAAAAAUCAACUCCAUAACAAGUGGUAUACUCAAUAGUUACCAACAGGAAGAGGAUGCAGAUUCGUUUGUUUCUCCCCAGAACGUGGUAGACGGUAGUGACCCCCACAACGAACGUACCUUACUUACCAUGCGAUGUGAAGCACUCAGUGGGGAUAAUAUGCCCACUAUGGGAGAUGACGCAAUGGUACAAGCGGGGAAAAAUAUAAAUGGUAAUGGGCAGCAAACGGUGGAUUCCACAAAUGAAAUCGCAUCGAAAAUGGCAAAUACACCAACCGGCUACAUUUCGCAUAACCCCAAAACGGUUGUCGACCUGAACAGUUGCGUUGCCCUCUGCUAUGCAUGCUUCAAUAUCCACUACGAAGACGACAACGUACUGAAGUUAUACGACUUAGUAGAACACAUGAUCAUAGAGGAAAGAAGACCCAUCUCCUCCUUCAUGCUAAUCAAUUUCAUCUACAUUUUGGCACUUACAAAUAAUAAGAUGGCUCUCGUACGUAAGCUCUCUCAGGAAUAUAUGCACCACAGGUAUGCAGGGGAUCUGGAGAAGAAUUCCGAAGAAUGGGCUUCACUACAAAACCCCUUAACCAUAGGUCGAGAAGGACAAGACCAAUAUGACCACUCACGGAUGAUGAACAAAUCUGUGAGGACCCCCCAACAUCACAACAUAAAAACAUCCUUUAAUCUAUUUUACGAAGAAAAUGAUAAAUUACGCUCCUAUCUCCAGAAGGGUGACGAAGAGGCCUCCUUUCUACUGCUAAAAAUGGCCUACGUAAAUAUUCUCAUAAAUACGUACCAUUAUUUGUACCAAAUUUUGUGUGAAAUUUCUACGUACUCUGAUGAAAUAUACACACAUGAGUUUUUUAUGCUGGCAAAACAAGUCUGCUACCACGUGUACAAUUUUUUGGAUUUUUUCUCCAGAGAUAAGGAGGCCAAGUAUUUAUGGAAUAAGGUGGCCCCAAAUGUCUACAUAAAUGAGAACAACAUCUAUUUGGACUUGGAUUACGAACCAUCUCCUGUCAAUUUGCAAAUAACUUCUGUCCAAAGCGACACAACCAUGUCUGCACAUAGGGUGGAGCACACAGCGCAGAUCAGUGAACAGGCGCAAAAUCACAAAAUUGGAAAAUCGUUUGAUAACAAUCUGAACAUUGCCAAGUUUUUUUACCAUGUACUGAAUUAUAACAUGGAUGAUGUAAGCUUCAGAAAUGCCAAUUCUGCCUCCUCCCGGGAGGAGAGGAAAAAGAUCAAGAUGUUCCACUUUGACCAUGUCAUAUGCGACAUCCUCAAUUUCCUGAACGUACAAUACAAGGGAUCCUACACGCAUGAAAAUAUUUACAAAGUGUGCUGCUCCUUUCCGUAUGAAAGGCAUUUAAUUGAUUUAAUGUCAUAUGAGGAUGUCCUAUACCCGUCGCACAGACCGCUACUUUCCGCAGACCUGCGUCAGAAGCAGCUUGCCUUGAAGGGCUGGACGGUUCACGCAAUCAAUUUUCGAGACCUGUACAAUAGCGUAAAGGACAAAAACGUCAUCUGCUACAUUUUCAAUAUUGUGAAGAAGAUAAAAAAAGAUUUGAAUGAGUUACCCGAUGAUGAGAAAAAACUGGAGGAAAAAAACUUCUGGGAUAACUUGCAGUAUGCCAACAUGUAG